CCCCAUCCCCCUCACACCGCCGGGUCCUGCACUGCUCACCCCUCUCCCCUCUCCUUGCAGGUGCGGAGCUGCGCAAAUGAGAAGCGGGCACCAAGAUGUUCCUCAAUAAGUGCGAGGGGGACCUGGGCGAGCUGCGGAAGCCAGGGGACGGCGAGGGGACCCCUCCGGCCGCUGCUGAGGAGGAGCAGCCCAAGAAGAAGCACCGGCGGAACCGCACCACCUUCACCACCUACCAGCUGCACGAGCUGGAGCGCGCCUUCGAGAAGUCCCACUACCCCGACGUGUACAGCCGCGAGGAGCUGGCCAUGAAGGUCAACCUGCCGGAGGUCCGCGUGCAGGUCUGGUUCCAGAACCGGCGAGCCAAGUGGAGGCGGCAGGAGAAGAUGGAGGCCAGCUCCAUGAAGCUCCACGACACCCCCAUGCUGUCCUUCAACCGGCCGCCCAUGACGGCCAACGUGGGGCCCAUGAGCAACUCCCUCCCGCUCGACCCGUGGCUGACGUCGCCCAUCUCCAGCGCCACCCCGGUGCACAGCAUCCCCGGCUUCAUGGGGGCCCCCCAGGCCCUACAGCCCCCUUAUGGCGGGCACUCCUUCCUCAACACCCCCCCGGGCAUGGCGCAGGGCAUGCAGCCCAUGGCCCCCGCGCCCUACCAGUGCGGCACCCCCUUUGUGGACAAGUACCCGCUGGAGGACGUCGACCAGAGGAGCUCCAGCAUCGCCUCGCUCCGCAUGAAAGCCAAGGAGCACAUUCAGACCAUCGACAAGACCUGGCAGCCUAUUUGAUGAACGCUGCCCCCUGCUCCCGACCCCGGGGGGUGCGGGCGGGGUGCUCGGCAGGACCAGAGCAGGGACGUGCCCCCCCCGGACUGAGCACCGCGGACAGCGGCGCGGGGACACCCGGCAGCCGCCCUGGUGCGGCCAUGCAGGACCUGGGGGGGUUCCCCGCACCCCUUUAUUAUUACGAUCACCAUCAAGAAUUUCUUUUUUUUUUUUUAUGCACAAACAGAAACGCUCUAGUUUCGUAGGGAACAACCAGGGGGUGUUGUUUUUUCAGCCGCGUUGGGCGCGCGCCGGGAGAUGGGGGUACGGAUGGUGGAGAGAAGAGCGGGACGCUGCGCUCCGCUCGGCGCCGGGGAAAUCCGCUUUUCCAUCGCCCACACUCCGCAGCCGCAGCGAAACGCCGCCGUCCCCACGCACGGGUGA